AUGGCGGCUAAACAAGAAGAUACCGAGACGGCUGUCAGCGCAGCCUCUCUCGAGACGAGUCUGGUGGAAGACAAACCAACCACCAAUGACGAGAUUGUCGAUUGGGAUGGGCCUGAAGAUCAACAAAACCCACACAACUGGUCCAGUGGCAAGCGAUGGGCCCAUGUCAUCGUGGUGGCCUUGAUUUCUUUGGUCAUGAACAUGGGCCCAACCAUGUGUGCCCCCGGUAUCAACAAAGUCCUCGAUACCUUCGAUAAUCACUCCUCUACCGUGGCUACUCUGGCCGUCACCCUCUAUGUUCUGGGCUUGGCCAUGGGCCCGAUGUUCAUGUCCUCCCUCAGCGAGGUGUUUGGCCGCUUACCCGUGUAUCAUGUCGCCAAUCUAUUUUUCGUGGCGUUCGUGAUCGGAAACGCCCUGAGUCAAAACCUCGCCACUUUUAUGAUUUGUCGUUUCAUCUCCGGCUGUGCAGGAGGGACUCCAAUGGCUUUGGGAGGUGGGACAAUCGCCGAUGUGACGGUGAUUCAGCAACGCGCCCUCGCCAUGUCGUUGUACAGUUUGGGCCCUAUGGCUGGACCGGUACUUGGCCCUCUCAUCGGGGGCUUUGUCGCCGCGGGUCUCGGAUGGCGUUGGACCUUUUGGCUCCUCGCCAUCUUCGGGGGUGCGGUUGGGAUUGCCGCCUUGAUGGUGAUGCGAGAGACACAUCCCAAGGUCCUGCUAGAGCGUAAGGCCGCCCGUCUUCGCGUGGCGACCGGGAACUUGCAUCUACGAUCCAAGAUGGCGGACCACCGACCGCCGCAGCAAGUCCUGCUACAGGCCCUCGUACGGCCCACCAAGCUUUUGUUCCGGUCCCCCAUCUUGUUGGUGAUCUCGAUCUACAUGGCUCUCAUCUUUGGACUCAUGUAUCUUCUCUUUACCACGUUCACGGAUGUGUUUGAGAAGCAGUACGGAUUCACCACCGCCACCUCCGGGCUGGUCUAUCUGGGACUGGGCGUGUCGUUGGUCGGUUGUAUGUUUAUUGCCAAACCCCUGGGAGACCGGGUGACGGCCGCGCGCAUGAAGAAGGAUGGCGUCACACAGCAUCGACCCGAGUAUCGUCUUCUGCUGAUGAUCUACUUCUGCCCCUGCGUGGCGAUCGGUCUCUUCAUCUAUGGCUGGACGGCUUACUACAAGGUGCACUGGAUCGUGCCCAUCAUCGGUACUACUGUGAUAGGGUUUGGGUCCUUCUUUGUCAUGAUGCCUGCGCAGCUGUAUCUGGUGGACUUGUUCGGAUCGGCAGCGUCAGCGUCAGCGUUGGCGGCCAACAACGUGUUACGGUUCAUCUGCAGUACUUUUUUGCCGUUGGCCGGGCCGGCGAUGUACCAGUCGCUGGGGUAUGGGUGGGGCAAUACUUUGCUGGGGUUUCUGGCGCUAGCCUUCCUUCCUGCGCCCGUGCUGUUUUACAAAUACGGGGCGUGGCUUCACGCCAAGACGGCAGCCCACUUUUGA